UGCCCGGGUUACUGCACCCACACAACCACCGCCUUGGGGACAGGCCCUCCUGUCCCGGCGUCCGCCACAGGGACGCCAUGGAGCGCUCCCUGCACCGCGUCUCCCUCGGGAGCCGGCGCGCCCACCCGACCUUGUCCUUCUAUCUCACCACCUUUGGUCAACUGAAGCUGUCCAUUAAAGUCCAGGAUCGGGUUCUGCUGCUACACAUUAUAGAAGGCAAAAGCCUGAUGAGCAAAGUGCCUGGCAUCUGUGAUCCAUAUGUGAAGGUUUCUUUGAUCCCCAAAGACAACCAGAUAAGCUCCCAGAGAACACAGACCAUCCUAGACUGCAGAGACCCACCUUUCAACGAGCGCUUCUUCAUUCCUGUCCCAAAGGAGGAGGAUCAGAAGCGGCUUCUGGUGACCGUGUGGAACGGAGCUGUUGGGACCAGGCAAUGCCCACUCAUUGGCUGCAUGAGCUUUGGGGUGAGGUCCCUCUUGUCUCUGGACAAGGAGAUCAGUGGCUGGUACUAUCUGCUAACGGAGAGCCUGGGCCGGACCAAGCACCUCAAGGUGGCUAGGCGGCGGCUCCAGCCCUUGAAAGAUAUGCCAAGAGAUGGGGCCAGUGAGAAUGGGAAGGAAAUCCAGAUUACUAUCCCGAGGGGGAAAGACGGCUUCGGCUUCACCAUCUGCUGUGACUCUCCGGUCCGAGUGCAGGCUGUGGAUUCUGGGGGCCCAGCAGAGAGGGCAGGGCUGCAGCAGCUGGACACAGUGCUAAAACUGAAUGAGAAGUCCGUGGAGCACUGGAAAUGUGUGGAGCUGGCUCACGAGAUCCGGAGCUGUCCCAAGGAGAUCACCCUGCUCGUAUGGCGCGUGGUCCCGCAGGUGAAGCCGGCGCCAGACGGUGGAAUCUUGCGGCGGACCACUUUCAAGUCCACCCAUGACCUUCUGUCACCCUCCAAGAGGGAGAAAAACUGUACUCACGGGGCCCCGGUACGCUCUGAGCAUCGCCACAGCUGCCACCUGGUGUGCGACAACUCUGACAGGCUGCUGCUCGGUGGCUGGGAGCGCCUCACGGAGGUGGGCAAGCACAGCAGCCAGCACACUCUGCCUGCACUGUCCCGGGCCACCAUGUCCACCGACCCCAACUACAUCAUCUUGGCUCCGAUGCAUCCUGGACCCCAGCUGCUGCGGCCUAUGUACCAGGAGGACGUCACUGAAGAACCAGAGACUACCAUUAAAGGGAAAUCGUAUGCUGGUCUGUGCAAGAAGACUCGGCUGAUGAAGACAGUGCAGACCAUGAAGGACCACAGCAACUACCAAGACUACUCAGCCCUGAGAGUGCACGGCCCUCAUUCAAGCUAUGGCACCUAUGUCUCCCUGACCCCCAAAGUCCUGGUGUUCCCUAUUUUUGUGCAGCCCCUAGAUCUCUGUAACUCUGCCCGGACUCUCCUGCUGUCAGAAGAACUGCUGCUGUAUGAGGGGAGGAACAAGGCUUCCCAGGUGACACUGUUUGCCUACACGGACCUGCUGCUCUUCACGAAGGAGGAUGAGCCAGGCCGCUGUGUCGUUCUGAGAAAUCCCCUCUACCUCCAGAGUGUGAAGUUACAGGAGGGUCCUUUGGAAGACUUGAAAUUCUGUGUGCUGUACCUGGCAGAGAAGGCAGAGUGCUUAUUCACUUUGGAGGCUUACUCACAGGAGCAGAAGAAGAGAGUGUGCUGGUGCCUGUUGGAGAACAUCGACAAGCAGAAACAGCUGGCCACAUCGUCCACAGAGGAGAAGAUGUUUGAGACAGAGGCAGAUGAGCAGAAGGAGAUGCCCCUGGACGAGGGGAAGGGGCCAGGUGCUGAGGAACCCACACCCAGCAAAGACCCUUCUCCUGGAGAGGAGCUUCCUUCGGGACAAGACCUCCCACCCAGGAAGGACCCCUCCCCCAGCCAGGAGCUUCCUCCAGAACAAGACCUCCCACCCAGGAAGGACCCCUCCCCAAGCCAGGAGCUUCCUCCAGGACAAGACCUCCCACCCAGGAAGGACCCCUCCCCAAGCCAGGAGCUUCCUCCAGGACAAGACCUCCCACCCAGGAAGGACCCCUCCCCAAGCCAGGAGCUUCCUCCAGGACAAGACCUCCCACCCAGGAAGGACUUCUCUUCGGGGAAAGAAGCUGCUCCCGGCCCAGAGUCUCCAUCCAGUGAAGACACAGCUACCUGUCAACAGCCCCCUCAAAGCCCAGCCUCAACAAGCAAGGACUCCCCACCAGGCCAAGGAUCCCCUCCAACUGCAGAACUCCCAUCUUGCCAGGACCUUCCUGCUGGUCAAGAGUCCCCUUCUAGCCAGGACCCUCUGCUCAGUCAAGAGGCCCCUGUCAUUCCAGAAGCCUCUGCCUCGGUCCAGACCCUUCCACCAUCUCAGGAGUCACCUCCCAGCCAGGGCUCCCCACCUGAGAAGGCCCUCACUGAGAAGACCAUCAGCUCUGGGGAGCUACCAGCAGCUGCCGCAGCUGGACCUCCAGCCCCCAGACCCAACUUCGUGAUCCCGGAGGUCCGGCUAGAUAGUGCCUACAGCCAGCAGGAUGGGGCCCACGGGGGCAGCUCUUGUGAGGAUGAGGAUGCAGAAGAGGGAGAGGAUGGGGAAGAAGGGGAGGAAGAUGAGGAGGAAGACACCAGCGACGACAACUACGGGGAGCGUAGUGAGGCCAAGCGCAGCAGCCUGAUCGAGACCAGCCAAGGUGCCGAGGGCGGCCUCUCGCUGCGCGUGCAGAACUCGCUGCGGCGCCGGACGCACAGCGAGGGCAGCCUGCUGCAGGAGGCCCGCGGGCCCUGCUUCUCCUCUGAUACCACCUUACACUGCUCUGAUGGCGAGGGUACCACAUCCACCUGGGCCAUCCCUUCACCCCGCACUCUCAAGAAAGAACUGGGUCGUAAUGGAGGCUCCAUGCACCACCUUUCCCUCUUCUUCACUGGACACAGGAAGAUGAGCGGGACUGACCUCGGCGAGGAUGAUGAAGCCUCCCGGAAGAGAAAGAGCAAAAGCAUAGCCAAGGACAUGAAGAAUAAGCUGGCUAUCUUCAGGCGACGGAAUGAAUCUCCGGGGGCCCAGCCAGCCAGCAAGACGGACAAGACAACCAAGUCCUUCAAGCCUACCUCGGAGGAAGCCCUCAAGUGGAGCGAGUCCCUGGAAAAGCUGCUGCUUCACAAAUAUGGCUUAGAAGUGUUCCAGGCCUUCCUUCGCACCGAGUUCAGUGAGGAGAACCUGGAGUUCUGGCUGGCUUGCGAGGACUUCAAGAAGGUCAAAUCACAGUCUAAGAUGGCAGCCAAAGCCAAGAAGAUCUUUGCCGAAUUCAUUGCAAUCCAGGCUUGCAAAGAGGUAAACCUGGACUCGUACACACGCGAACACACCAAGGAAAACCUUCAGAGCAUCACCCGAGGCUGCUUUGACCUGGCACAAAAACGUAUCUUUGGGCUCAUGGAAAAGGACUCUUAUCCUCGCUUCCUUCGCUCCGACCUCUACCUUGACCUCAUUAACCAGAAGAAGAUGAGCCCCCCACUCUAGGGACCACCUGUAUCCAGCUCAGCGUUCACACCAAGCGGAGCGGGCUCCCUGCCCACCCGCCUCCCUCCCCUGUGACGGAGGGGGCAAGUGAGCCCCCAGAGGCUGUGUCUCCAGACAGACAGAUGGACAUUUGGAUUUGAGGCCUGGACUGAGAGAGACCCAGGCUACAACAGGAGUAGAAGGACCAGUGGCAUCAGGUCCUCAAUGCCCCGGUACGAGGGGACCAAGGGCCCUGGCAGGUCAGGGUCCCUGGAGGAACCAGAUUGGGAGCUGUGGCUCCCUGCUUUGGAGAUUUGCGCGGAGACUUCCUGCUGACCAAGUUCCUUAAAGAACUGGCUGGGGUGAGGGUGACAGGAGGCCCAGGCCUGGGCUCUGGGGCCAUCCUGGGGGCUGUUGGGACCCACAGCUCAGCCCCUCCCCCACUGAGUUUUAUUUAUUUAAACAGUAGUUGGAUGCUUGGCACAUGAACUGUAAUAGGAAACCCUCAUCCUGUCAGUUUUCCUAACUUACAAGUGCAAUAUCUUAACCAAUGCCUUGCGAAGGCCACCUGUGGGGGUGGCCACCAUCCUACAGUUUCAGGGCAUUUGCUGGUCCCAGGAACCAGUGGCGGCAGCUGGACCUUGUAGACUGACCAGGCCUUGGGGGGAUGCUGUGGAAGUCUGGCACCCCCUGGGAGGGCAUCCCCCAGGACAUCUGGGAAAGCAUAGUGCCCUCUGCCCACACAGAAACACGUGCUGGUGCAAAUAAAAGGCCUGUGUUAUUCUC